AGCGAAAGGACAUAGAUAUGAAGAAAGAAGCUCUUGCUAUCUCCUAAGGUCCCCUUUCACUCCCAAGUCCCAACCUCUUAUCCCUACAAAGAUGUUCACUCUUUUCAUUCUCCUUCUCCCUCACCGCCAUCACCAUAACAUACACAAACAUCAUCAUGUCUUCCUUCUCUGUUCGCUUUCUCACCCCACCACCAUGCUCCCCCUCCUCCCUCUCUUGCCGCCCGAAGACACCAACAUGCCUCUCGGCCACCACUCCCACGGCGGCUCCGGCCACGUCUCCUCCUCCCCCUCCUUCGGAGGUGGACGCCUCCAGGUUGGAGCCUAGAGUGGAGCAAAGAGACGGUUACUGGGUUCUGAAAGAAGAGUACAGGGGAGGCAUCAACCCUCAGGAGAAGGUGAAGCUUGAAUCGGACCCAAUGAAGCUUUUCAUGGAGAAUGGUAUUGAACAACUUUCUAAGAUAUCUCUUGAGGAGAUUGAGAGUUCUAAGCUUACCAAAGAUGAUAUUGAUAUUAGGCUCAAAUGGCUUGGACUUUUUCAUAGGAGAAAGCAUCAAUAUGGAAGGUUCAUGAUGAGGCUGAAGCUUCCAAACGGAAUAACAACAAGCGCGCAGACGCGGUACUUAGCAAGCGUGAUAAAGAAGUAUGGAAAAGAUGGUUGCGCCGACGUGACGACAAGGCAGAACUGGCAGAUCAGAGGAGUGGUGCUGUCUGACGUGCCGGAAAUCUUGAAAGGUCUGGCAGAGGUUGGGUUGACAAGUUUGCAGAGUGGGAUGGACAAUGUGAGGAACCCUGUUGGUAACCCUCUUGCUGGCAUUGACCCUCGUGAGAUUGUUGAUACAAGACCUUACACCAACUUCUUGUCACAAUUUAUUACCAAUAAUUUUCUUGGCAACCCUGCUGUCUCUAACUUGCCAAGGAAGUGGAAUGUGUGCGUGGUAGGGUCUCAUGAACUGUAUGAGCAUCCACACAUAAAUGAUUUGGCUUACAUGCCUGCCAACAAGGAUGGCCGUUUUGGAUUCAACCUAUUGGUUGGUGGUUUCUUCAGUGCUAAGAGAUGCGCAGAGGCAGUUCCACUUGAUGCAUGGGUCUCAGCUGAUGAUGUUAUCCCUCUUUGCAAGGCUGUUCUUGAGGCCUUUAGGGAUCUUGGCUUCAGAGGCAACCGACAGAAAACUAGGAUGAUGUGGUUAAUUGAUGAACUCGGAAUUGAAGUAUUUAGGGCAGAAGUUGAGAAAAGAAUGCCAGAGAAGAAGCUAGAAAGAGCAUCACAAGAAGAUCUAAUUGACAAACAAUGGGAAAGAAGAGAUUACUUAGGAGUUCAUCCACAGAAGCAAGAAGGCCUAAGCUACGUCGGAAUCCACAUUCCGGUUGGCAGAAUUCAAGCCGAAGAAAUGAACGAGCUAGCCCGUAUAGCUGACGAGUAUGGCACCGGAGAACUCCGCCUCACGGUGGAGCAAAACAUAAUAAUCCCAAACAUCCAAAGCUCAAAACUCGAAACCUUACUUAAGGAGCCUUUACUGAAGGAAAGGUUCUCUCCAGAACCUUCUAUUCUCAUGAAAACGUUAGUUGCAUGCACCGGUAACCAGUUCUGUGGACAAGCCAUAAUCGAGACAAAAGCAAGGGCGUUGAAAGUAACUGACGAAGUUGAGAGACACGUGUCGGUUUCGAGGCCUGUGAGAAUGCAUUGGACUGGGUGUCCUAAUACUUGUGGGCAGGUUCAGGUUGCUGAUAUUGGAUUCAUGGGGUGCAUGACUAGGGAUGAAAAUGGUAAGGCCGUUGAAGGGGUUGAUAUCUACUUAGGAGGGAAGAUUGGAAGUGAUUCUCAUUUGGGUGAGGUUUAUAAGAAGGGUGUCCCUUGUAAGGACCUAGUCCCCAUAGUUGUGGACAUUAUGGUAAAUAAAUUUGGGGCUGUCGUAAGAAACAGGGAGGAAGGGGAUGAAUAAAUUAUUUGACAAAGUGAUGAGAUGCUUGAAAUCAAAGGGAUGUCUCUUCUAGUAUGAUGUGU